GCGGGUGCGACUGCGUGCUGGUGGACGAGGCCCAGUUCCUCACGCAGGCGCAGGUUCGGGAGCUGAGCCGGGUGGCGGACGAGCUCAAGGUCCCUGUGCUCUGCUUCGGCCUGCGCACGGACUUCCAGGGGGAGCCCUUCGAGGGCAGCCGGUACCUCCUCGCCUGGGCAGACGUCCUGUCGGAGAUCAAGACGGUGUGCGGCUGCGGGCGCAAGGCCACCAUGAACCAGCGCGUGGCCGACGACGGCACGGUCCUGGCCGAGGGGGAGCAGGUGCAGGUCGGCGGCAACGAGAGCUACGUCGGCAAGUGCCGGCACCACUUCUGGGGGAACAGGGCGCCUGGGCGCGCGGGCGCGCGCCGGCGGAGGCCAGCCUCGAGACGCCCGAGAAGUCGAGGGCGAAGGCCGCGGGCGAGGCAGCUGCCGGGGGCCCGCCGGCCAAGCUGGCGCGCGCGGCGUGAGAGCGGGGGAGAGCGGGGCGGCCCGCGCGGGGCGCGCGCUCGGCGCAGUAACCUCACGUCGGUGUGUCUGCUUGUCCAGCGCGGGCUGGACUCAUUCGGGGCGCAUGCGGGCGGACGGGCUUUUUUUUAG